CGGGCAGUGCUAUUGGUUCACAUCUACAGGCCUCAUCGCUAUGGCUCUUCUUCUCUCAGAGGAGCAAAUCACUGAGUUCCAAGAGGCCUUCUGUCUCUUUGACAGAGAUGGAGAUGGACGCAUCACGCUGGAAGAGCUUGGCGCGGUCAUCAAGUCACUGGGUCAGAGCCCUAGCGAGGAGGAGCUGAGGGAGAUGAUUCAGGAGAUCGACGCAGAUGGAAAUGGAACCAUCGAGUUCGGAGAGUUUCUGAAUCUGAUGGCCAAGAAAGCGAAGGAGACGACGAACGUGGAGGAGGAACUGAAGGAAGCUUUUAAGGUGUUCGACAGGGAUCAAAAUGGAUUUAUCUCGGCCAGUGAGCUGAGGAAUGUGAUGAUCAGUCUUGGGGAGACGCUGAGUGACGAGGAGGUGGAGCAGAUGAUCAGAGAGGCAGAUUUGGAUGGAGACGGGCAAGUGAAUUAUGAGGAAUUUGUUCGGAUGAUGAUGAUGAUGAUGGCGGCUGUCUGAUUAAUUCUUCAUACAAUUCAAAUUUUAUGAAAAGAAAAAUGAAAGAAACGAGAAUGAUAAAAUAAAAAAAAAAAAAGGCAUCA